GGCACAAUAGAAUUCCUACCAAUCAAUGUGUGGAACAGAUUAUUAGGUGUUGUAUUGUUGUGGGAUGGAGUUUCUAAGAUGAGUGUGGUACUUAUUUAUGUGCAUGGUAAGCUAGAAAUGCUAGUUCUCAAAAGGUGACGGAACAAAGUGAUCCUUAGUUAUUUUGAAUCAUUGAUAUUUCGUUUGAGAUAUGGGAAAUGGAGAAAGGAUACUACAUUACUACUACCUUUCACUGUGACUUUAAUUUUAGUUCAUUCAGAAUGCUUUUAAUCACUCUACCCAAUUCUCGCCUACCUAGCUAGCUAGCUAUAUAAACUAAGAUCCUCCUUUUCUUUCCAUCAUUGUCUACCGCUUCCCUCUACUGAAUCAAAAGCCCAACCCCCUAUCACUGUUGUUCAUCUAUAGUACGAUGACCGACGAUAUCCACAAUGACGAGGAGAUCCGGCGGGAGGAAGACUCGGGCGGCGGCCGCAAAGGAAUGAGCACCAUGAAGUACAUUGUUGGCGUUGAAGCAUUCGAGAAGGCGGCCACCCUUGACUCGACGGCGAGUCUGAAUCUUUAUUUGAUUAAGGUGUUUUUAGUGAAAACGGCGACGGCCAACGCACUGCUCAGCGUGUUCAACAGUAGCUGCAAUGUGGCGGGCUUAGCGGGAGCCCUCCUCGGCGACGCAUAUUUCGGCCGCUAAAACGUCAUCGCGUCUUCUUCUGUCUUCAGUUUCCUCGUAAGUCAAUAAAUAAUAACUAGUGUUGUAUCCGGCCCGUUGGCCGGUUCGUGGUCAUUUGGGUAUUUUUUAUAUUUAAAUAUAGGUGGUUCGACUUUUAGUAUUGAGUACCGAUGGUGCGAAAGAGUACCUUGAUAGUUUAUUCUUUUUUACUUUGAGUGUCCAUUAACUUUAUAAUUUUUAUUGAAUCUGUGUUUCAUUCUAUACUUAACCAUACUAAGUUUAAGUUAGACAACAAAUGAAAUGAAAAGCUAUCUAGAAUCUAUAUUCAUGCCUUGAGAUAUUAAACAUCACUAAAUCAAAGCAACAAAUUUCAACAAAGAUCUAUAUUUUCGUUAUAUAUGAAAUAAGUAGCUUGCAAAUAUCAUUGUAUCACUAUUUUGAUUUAUAUAUUGUAGAUUGAUCAUCUAUUUGAAUUACAAAGGAAAUAAUACACAAAAUGUUACUAUAGAUGUAUUACAUUUAAAUAGUUUAAAAAUAUAAAAUUCGAGGAAAAGAGGUAAAAUGUGGUAUGAAAAUAGAUUAUUUGGACAAUUAUGUAAAGCAUGGUCGUCCCAUGAUAUUUGGAGGCCCUCUUCAAAAAAUUAAAAUUAUCUAUUAUCUCUAUGAUUUCGUAUUCUCCAUGAGAUCCUUUUCAAUUUUUAUUAUAGAUAAAAUUAUCUAUUAAACUCUUCAUCAUACUCGUAAUAAAUCAACCAUACACUAAAAAUACAACCUACACUAUUUGAUCGGUAGUUAACGGAUCUAACUGGAGGCCCCUAAUAUUCAGAGGCCUUGUGCAGGCACUGCGAACCGACACACCCUCUUGGCCGGCCCUGAUGUAAAGCAACUAAGAUUCGGAAAUAUUAGUAUAGAUGUAUUAAAUUUGUAUAUUUAAAGGAGACGAAAAUGAAGAAUAUUUUGACUUGAAAUGACCUUUAUAUGUUAUUCAUCCAUUUGAACUCUAGUUACCGGAAUUCAAAGUUAACCUUUAACAAUAUGCUCAUAUUUUCAAAUGUUUAUUACCUAUGUUUUCAAAAGCGAAGCGGUUGUGGAUGGAAGAUGUCAAUGACUCAAGAUUAAUGGUUUAUCGUUAUACAACUAUUUUGGAAUCGUUAAUAGAAAUAUUCAUUCAUGUAAAUAGUAUAGAUGUAAAUAGUAGCAUAAUUAGGUUGAAGAAGUAUUUAAGUUGUUUUCGUAUUGGUUGGUCCACAAUCCCAAUGAAUCAUGAUAGAACGAAACUAAAAAUAAGUGAAGUUUAAAGAUGAUAGUAAAAAGAACAUUUUAUAUGGUUGCGAUUCAUUCAUUUUUCUUCGACUUUAAGCAAUUACAUACAAUAAAAAAAUCAAUUAUUUUUUUGUUCAAUUAUUUAAAGAAGAAUCCAAGGCACUGUUUGUGCAGGUUACUGUAUGGAGUACAGCUCUAAGCCAUAUUUGGCGAGAACGAUGUACCAGGCUCUAUGGCAAGAAGUCCAUCAUGCUGCUAGGAGAGUUGAUGAAUGAAAUUCAUAGCGAUGU